AAAACCCUAAACCUAUAUUUCUCUUCUCUUCCGAUAAUGGUUAAAACAAGAAAAAUCACAAGAACAAUCCAAGAAGAAGAAACAAUAAUGGAUGAUAGCACUGCUCCUAGAACAUCAGAAGACGAUUCAAGAAUUUCAAGACGAAAAUCAAAGAGAAAAAAGAGUAAAAAGGUUGAAACACCAAAAUCGAAGAAAAAAGGUAAGGUUGUGCCAAAAUAUGUUAGGAAGUUAUAUAGGUCUGGUUUCACAGCAUUACAUAGCCUGGUUGCCAGAAUGAAGGCGAGUAAAUAUACUUUGAGUGAAGCCACAUUGGAAAAGAUAGCCGAAUCUUCUUAUGGACAGAUGUUUUUGAUGUUCUGGCACACUAAGUACUCAGAAAGUCAUUGGGAAAAGUUGGAAGCUGCAGUGAAAAAGUACUUGAAGUGUUACAAAAGGGGUCGAGUCAAGAAUGAGCUCACAUUUGAGUUUGUUAGAAGAGGUGAAACACACAUUAUCACGUCGACACCAGAAAAAAUGGGUGUAAUGUUUGGAAUGCCAAGAAUGGCAGGAAGAAGAACUGAUGACACCUUUUUGAUGGUAGGUGGUGGAUGGAGGCAGAAACCAUUCUACAUUAGACACUUUGGUGAUAGCAACACGGUUACAAGACCAAUGCUACAAGAUGCCAUCUUGAAACUGCUCAAGCGUACUGGUAUCAAGAAUUGUAAAUCUGAAGGUGGCGAAGACAGUGAUGAUGACAAUGAUGAACAAGUAACCGAUAAUGAAGAUGAUGAAGAUAUGAAGUACAUGAUACCAAGAGUAGAAACUGAACAAACAAUUGAAGAUAUGGUUAAGCUAUUAUGCAUGUUUAUGUGUAUUACUUUGUUUUUUACAACAAAAGAUGCUCAUAAACUCAAAGAAAAGUACUUUGAUUUAGUUGAUGAUCUUGAGAAGUCAAAGAAUGUAUCUUGGCCUGACCUGAUACAUAGUUUCUUAGAGAAGAAAAUCAAUCAGAACUACAACACUCCCGAGGACAUCACUGGUUGUGUCGUCUAUUUGUUGUUGUUGUAUGCGGAGCAUACUCACUUGGUGAAACCAGUGACGUUACCAGAUGAUCGAUACCUUCCAAGAGCGGCAAGGUGGAACAUCAAAGAAAUAUCUGUUGAGUUUCUAAAGGAUAUGGAGGCUUCGCAAUACACAUUCUCUAAAGAAUUUAAGGAUGAAUAUACUAUGUAUGAAAAAGAAAUGUUGAAUGAAAUUGCUCAAAGGCUUCCAGUUGAAGAAGUGCCAUUGACAGUAGAUUGGCAAGAAAAAUUCGAGGAUUUGGAAGUAAAGAAUGAAGAUUUGAGGCUGACAAUUGCAGAAAAAUGGUGUGAAUUACAGAGCAGGAAAGAGGACGGCCUCCCCAUUGAUGUGAGUAUCCUAGAAGAUCUUUUGAAUGAUAUAUAUCACAGAGCUUACCCACCUCCACAACCAAACUCGGGAGAAGAAGAAUCUAGCAGUAGCUCUGAAGAAGGGCAUGAUGAUUUGGAUGACACCGUUCCAUCAGCAACUACUCCUUUGGUAACAGAGGAUGAACAGGAAAUUCCAGAUGAUACCCAAGAAAAGUCGAAUGAACAGGGAAAUGCUACUCCAACAAUGCCUGUUAUGGGGGGCUCUGAAGAAAAUCUCACACAGUUCGAUAUUGAAGUUUCACAGUUUAAAAUUUGGGCUAGAUCUGAUUUGGAGCGAAAGGUGAAAGAGCUGCAAGAGGAAAAGAGCAUGCCAGAACCAUCACAGACUGAAAAGGCUGAACUCCAACAAACAGCAACGACACAAGUUCUAGGUAAUAUUGAAGUGGAAAUUGGUUCUCUUAGAGAUAGACAGGGUGAAUCGCUUGAAGAAAUGUUGCCGAAUAUGCAGUUUAUGCCUUUGGUUUGUGAGCUGCCGAGUCUCAAAGAACUGCAUACCGUGCCGAUGGAGAAACUGAUUGACCUGGCCAUCCAUGGGAAGGGUAUUUAUACCGAUGAGUACUAAAAAUAUCUACAAGCUGAAAUUAUGGGAGAUCCUUAUCCAUCCUUAGGAAUUCUUAGUCUGGAGUACCCGUCGACUGGUAGUUUACCAAGCUUGGAAAAAAUGGAAUCUUCUCAAAUCUUCGACAAAUUUUAUGCGAAAGAUCUGGAUCCUCCAUCACAAGUUUCAAGACCAACUUUUGACUUGGGUUUAGGACCAAGUGAUCAAAAUGGAGAAGAGGUGCAGCAGCCUGCAAUUGAUCUAGGUGCACCUGAUCCACCUCAAAUCCAUCUUGUAGUUGCGCCUGCGCAUAAUGAAGCUUCAGCUUCUAGAGGAGCAUCAGAUCAAGCUUAAACGGAUCCCUCGGAUGAGCAAGCUCAAAUCGAUACUUCACCUACACUUUAUGAAGCCUCUGCAAUUGUUUUAGCUGCAGCUGAAAAAGCUCGUUUGAAAGCUGAUCUUCAGCAACCUGAACAAGAAGGAAUAAGGAAACCUUGGGAUCCCAUUCCAUUCAAUGAAGUAGAAAGGAAGAAGAAAAUGAAGAAUGACAGAAAGCAACAGCCUACUAAAAAAUUAGAGAGUCUUAAGUAUCCAGUUUUAGAUGCUGAAAAGGCAGAGGAAGCUCGACUGAAGAAGAAUAUGAGCGCCGAAAAAGCUAAAGCAUAUGCUGAGACUCUCCAACUUCUUUCUGAGCUACAGAAGAUAAUUAUAAUUACCAAAAAAGUGAAAAGUAACAAAUUUAUCAAUACUUAAUGGACCACUUAUGUUACAUAUGUUCAAUAACAUGGGAAAAACCAACAGUACAUAUGUUAUGUACUCAGUGAAACUAAAAGAUAACGAACCUGGAGUUAGUCAAACAUCAGAGGAAGAUGACGUAAUACUUGCCAAGAGACUCGAAGAUAGGCUGGCUACAAAGAGUAAUGAAGUCAAACCAAUAGCGAAGUCGACCACGUCAGUCAUGGACAAGGAGAA